CUGUUUUAUUUGGAGCAAUCCGCUGCGUGAAGGAUCGUAAACAGGGAGGACAGACAACUUCUUCUGCAUUCCUCUUCCCGUGGGGCUACCCCACUUUUUCUUUUAAAGGACACCCUCUAAUUGUCCAGGGUGGAUACCCCUGCCUCUUUCGGGACAUACACGCAGUACUUCUCACCUCUUCUUUCUUGCUCAGGACACCCAUAUUUUUUCUGAGGACGCCUCUUUUUUUUGGAUCACCCCAGGAGCCGUGACCCGGGACAUGCCCUUUUCUUCUUGACACUCGCCUGCGGACUGUCGUUUUCUGAUGAAUGCCCGGUCGUUCUGGACACAGCCUUUCACGGUGAAAGACGCUGAAUAUGCCACGCAGCCCCACGUCCAGUGAAGAUGAGAUGGCGCAGAGCGUUUCAGACUAUUCAAUGGAGUCCGAAUCAGACAGCUCCAAAGAGGAGACCAUCUAUGACACCAUCAGGGCCACGGCCGAGCGUCCAACCAGCAGGCUGGAGGAUAUUCAGACCAACACCAUGGUCAUCAGGAUUGUAAUCCCUGAUCUGCAGCAAACUAAAUGUGUCCGGUUUAACCCCAAUGCCACUGUUUGGGUGGCAAAGCAGAGGAUCUUAUGUACUCUCAAUCAAAGCCUGAAGGAUGUUCUCAACUACGGCCUUUACCAGCCUUUCAGCAAUGGUAGAGACGGAAAGUUUCUCGAUGAAGAGCGACUACUGCGGGAAUAUCCUCAACCGAUGAGCAGAGGUGUGCCUUCCUUGGAGUUCCGUUAUAAGAAAAGACUGUACAAGCAAUCAAGUAUUGACGAGAAACAGAUUGCAAAGCUACAUACCAAGGCUAAUUUACGGAAAUUUAUGGAUUACAUUCAGCACUGUUCAGCGGAGAAAGUCUACAAAAUGUUAGAUCGGGGAUUGGACCCAAAUUACCAUGAUCCGGAAACGGGUGAAACUCCGCUUUCUCUGGCCGCCCAACUGGACAAUUCCGUAGAAGUGAUUAAAGCUCUCCGUAAUGGCGGCGCUCACCUGGAUUUCCGGAGCAAGGAUGGAAUGACUGCACUGCACAAAGCUGCCCGAGCAAAAACACAGACAGCCCUGGUGACUCUGUUGGAGCUAGGAGCUUCCCCUGACUACAAGGACAGCCGAGGCCUGACCCCCCUGUACCACACCGCCAUGGUGGGUGGAGACCCCUACUGCUGUGAACUGUUGCUGCAUGAACACUCCAUGGUUGGAUGCAAGGAUGAGAAUGGCUGGCAGGAGAUCCACCAGGCAUGUCGAUAUGGCCAUUACCAACACUUGGAACACUUACUGUUCUAUGGAGCCAACAUGGGGGCUCAGAACGCUUCUGGAAACACCGCGCUUCACAUCUGUGCCCUGUACAAUGAGGACAGCUGUGCACGGGUCCUUCUGUUCAGAGGAGCCAACAAGGAGAUAAAGAAUUUCAACAGUCAGACGCCUUUCCAGGUUGCUAUAAUAGCUGGGAAUUUCGAGCUUGCAGAGUUUAUUAAAAACCACAAAGAAACUGAUAUCGUGCCGUUUAGGGAAGCACCCAGCUACUCUCAUCGGAGGAGGGGGCCGCAGAACACCCUGACAGCACCCAGAGUCCUCCUCCGUUCCAACAGCGACAACAACCUGAACGUGAAUAAUAUCCCUGAGUGGUCAGCCGCCUCAGCCUCUUUACACCGCAGCCUCUCACCACAGCUAUUGCAACAGAUGCAGAAUAAUCCAAAUGGAACUGUGAAAACUAUUGGGAGCUAUUCCCAAGUACCCCGGAGCCGCUCACCUUCCCUGAACCGCUUAGGAGAGGAUGCAAAAAGACAGCAGCACAGACACGUCAGUCCUGGUCCCAACAAGGAGGUGGCCACUGCUGUGGAUUUCCAAGGUCCAAAACGCAAGCUGUACAGUGCAUUACCCGGGAGGCAUUUCAUUGUGGUAAAACCUUAUCAACCUCAAGGAGAAGGCGAGAUUCCUCUGCACAAGGGCGACAGGAUAAGGGUUUUAAGCAUUGGAGAAGGAGGAUUCUGGGAAGGAAAUGCCAGGGGCCACGUUGGAUGGUUUCCUGCAGAAUGUGUGGAAGAAGUUCAGCCCAAGCCAAGUGAAGGGCGACAAGAAACGCGGACAGACAGGACGAAAAAAUUGUUUCGACACUACACUGUUGGGUCCUAUGACAGUUUUGAUGCUUCCAGUGACUGCAUUAUCGAAGAGAAGACCGUGGUUCUGCAGAAAAAGGAUAAUGAAGGCUUCGGAUUCGUACUCAGAGGGGCAAAAGCGGAUACUCCUAUUGAGGAAUUUAACCCUACACCAGCCUUUCCUGCUCUGCAGUACCUUGAAUCUGUGGAUGAGGAUGGAGUGGCUUGGCAAGCCGGCCUGAGGACUGGAGACUUCCUGAUAGAGGUAAACAAUGAGAACGUGGUGAAAGUCGGACAUCGGCAAGUGGUUAACAUGAUCAGACAUGGGGGCAACCACCUCGUCCUCAAGGUGGUAACGGUGACCAGGAGUCUGGACCCAGAUGAUACCGCCAGGAAGAAAGAUAAGACUGAGGACUCUGCCCCCAUAUCCAAGCCUUUAAGACCUGUGGACAACGUGCCAUUAGACUCUAGGGUGGCCACCAUUAAACAACGUCCAUCCAAUAGAUGCUUCCCUCCUGUUACGGAAACGAAUUCAAUGUAUGAUAGGCAGGGUAUCGCUGUUAUGCCGCCCACUGUUCCAGCAAGCCCCCAUGGUCCUUUUCUGGGUAUACCUCGUGGCACUAUGAGAAGGCAAAAAUCAAUAGGUAUAACAGAAGAAGAAAGGCAAUUUUUGGCCCCUCCAAUGUUAAAGUUUACAAGAAGCUUAUCCAUGCCUGAUGCAUCAGAAGAUAUUCCACCCCCUCCAGCAACGUUACCUCCGUCACCACCUCCUCCUUCACCCUUGCCAUUUAAUUCACCCAAGUCUCCAACCCCUAGAGGAUAUGGAACCAUAAAGCCUACCUUCAACCAGAACACAGGCGCAAAGUCUCCACUACCAGCCGUGCGUUCCGAUAACAUGGGAACGAUAAUGAGGGACAAGAGCAUGUAUUACCGACGUGAGACAGAUAGGUUUUCUUUAGACUCUGAAGAUCUUUAUAGUUCUAAAAUGUCAUCCCAGCAGAACUUUGGAAAUAAGAGAGCCCAGUUACCCGAAAACCCUUACUCAGAAGUUGGAAAGUUUGGAAAUAAGGCUGUAUACGUGCCAGCCAAACCUGCUAGGCGGAAGGGUAUGCUGGUCAAACAGUCUAACGUGGAAGAUAGCCCAGAGAAAACAUGUUCCAUUCCCAUCCCGACCAUCAUCAUCAAAGAACCUUCCACUAGCAGCAGCGGAAAGAGCAGCCAGGGAAGUAGCACGGAGACGGACCUGCAAGCCUCGGAGCACCAAGGACAGCUAAGGCCAGAUGACUCCCUCGGCGUCAGCGGCCCAUUUGCUGCAGCCAUUGCUGGAGCAGUGAGGGACAGAGAGAAAAGAUUAGAGGCCAGACGACACUCUCCUGCUUUUCUGUCUACGGACCUGGGAGAUGAAAGCGUGGGGCCAACACCCAGUCCCAGGUUACGGCACUCGAAGUCUAUCGAUGAGGGUAUGUUCUGCAAUGAGGAGAGCUUUAAGCAAUUUGUGGGUCCGUCCUCGCUAAUUCUUAGUCGAACAGCUAAUGCAUUCGGAAACCAUGGCGGUGCAAACAACGUAAGAUCAGGAAAGGGAAAAGGACCCGAAAACAACUUGGCUAAAGGACUUAACAUUUCCGGAAAUUACAUGCAUCCAGUUACAGGGAAGUUACUAGAUCCGAACUCACCGCUGGCACUGGCAUUAGCGGCUAGAGACAGAGCUAUGAAAGAUCAAGGUCAGCCCAGUCCUAGCCCUACGGAAACUGACAAGUCUGAUCUCAACAAGCCUCUUUUCAUCGAUACGAAGCUUCGCCCUAACGCAGAAAGUCCAGCUGCAGCUGCCAGCACCGGUAGGCAAAAUCAACGCGGUGUCUUAAAAAGACAGGAGACCGAAAGUAAACACGACACCGAAAUGGCAAAGGAAGAAAAACGUCACGAAGAGAAAAAGAAUAUGCUGAUCAACAUUAUGGACACCUCACAGCAGAAGACCGCCGGAUUGCUCAUGGUGCAUACGGUAGACACCACCAAAGCAGAGGAUGAGCUUAUCGAUAACGAAGACGUAGAAAAAGAGGCCUCUCUGGAAAACCCAACGACAGCAACUCCAGCAGCAGAACCUGAUAACGUAGAGAAUGCGUUACCAAAAACCAGUGAUGCCAGCCUGCCAGCUCCCCCCAAUAAAGCCAUUGUAUCUGUAUGCUCGGUGGAUGAACCGGUCCUCCUCCCAUUCCGCAUCCCUCCUCCACCAUUUGCCUCAAUAGAUGUAGAUGAAGACUUUAUCUUCACUGAGCCACUGCCUCCUCCUCUUGAAUUUGCCAACAGUUUUGAUAUCCCCGAGGAUGUCUCUGCGAUGCCAUCAACAACACUGGCAGACUUGCUGAUGCAGAGGAAAAAUGGCACCCUACCCCUGGGUCCAUAUCAUCCCAAUGUUGCCUCUAAUUCUUUGGAAAGUAAAAAGCCUGGGUCUCUGUCGAACUGCCUGCCUGCCUCAUACAUGCAACACCCAGAAAGCUUUGAUAACGUCACGGACUCUGGGAUCGAGGAGGUGGACAGCCGCUGUGGCAGCGACCACCACUUAGAGACGACAAGCACUGUUUCCACCGUCUCCAGCAUAUCCACUUUAUCCUCAGAAGGUGGCGAAAAUUUGGACACAUGUACAGUCUAUGCAGAUGGGCAAGCAUUUCUAGUGGACAAGCCCCCAGUACCUCCGAAGCCAAAAGCGAAGACCAUAAUGAACAAAAGCAAUGCACUUUAUAAGGAUGCCGUCCUGGAAGAAAACAUGGACACUUUUGUUAUCCCUCCCCCUGCUCCACCUCCUCCUCCACUAGGGAUGCAGCCCAGUAUAGCCAAAGCUGGGCAGCUAAGGACCUCCAAGUUAUGGGGCGAUGCCCCAGACGUGAGAAGCCUAGUCAUGCCAAGUCCCAAAGCCAAUGUUAUUAGUGAAUUAAAUUCCAUUUUGCAACAGAUGAACAGAGAAAAGUCCACAAAGCCGGGAGAAGGAUUAGAUUCACUGACUGGGAUGAAACCCGCAGGUCUCAGCACAAGGGGCACAGAUGUAUUGAGUACGGUCUCAGGUAACAGAAAUACCACGGUCACUUUCACUGUCCGUCCUGGAGCAAACCAGCCAAUUACUCUGCAGAACAGGACGCCCGACUUCGACAGCAGGAUUGCCGGGAUGAGGCGAGCUCCAAGCCCUCUUGCCGAGAUAACCAGAGAUAUCCAACCUGGUCCUCUGUCAGCUCCAGCUGCCUCCAUUUCUGACGUCUUUGUUCUACCAACUCCGCCCCCUACAGGGGAUCUUUUUGGCAUGAACUUAGGGAGAAGCAGGUCCCCCUCCCCAUCAAUUUUACAACAGCCAAUUUCCAAUAAGCCUUUUUCAGCAAAGCCUGUCCACAUGUGGACUAAACAAGAUGUCGCCGACUGGCUGGAAAGUCUGCACCUUGGCGAACACAAGGAGAUGUUUAUGGACAAUGAAAUUGACGGAACCCACCUACCGAGCCUUCAAAAAGAAGAUUUGAUAGAUCUGGGGGUGACGAGAGUAGGGCAUCGAAUGAACAUAGAACGAGCACUAAAGCAACUCUUGGACAGAUAGAAGUACCUUGUGUUGCCUCUUUGUUUUCCUUUCCCGACAGAAAAAUAAAAAUUCUUAACGGGGCCCUUAAAAAUACUUAAGGAAAAUCCUAAUAUGAUUAUCUUUCUUUACUGCAAGUUUAAAUAGCUGUACAGAUAAUUUAUAAGCACAAUAUUUUAAGGAGACAAGUGGCUGGUCUACUGGGCAGCCUUUGUGCCACUAUAGUUGUAGAAGAAAAAUGGAAAAAAAAAGAACUUUUGUGAUUUAAUAAUACUAUUUCUGUGGAAUAAAUAUUUGGAAGAAAAAACAUUAGUGCAACCUUUUUAGAAAAAAAAUAAAGAAAACAAUCCGCCUCAUUUGAAUGCAUCUGAACCAGCUGAGCUGAGUUGUAUUUUCUACCUUUAUAGAACUUCUUCACAGAAGAAUGAAUAUUUCCUCGGAAGUGGGUACGGAUAAUGCAGCGGUUUCUGAAGAUCUGGAGAAAAAAAAAGUUAACUUGAACCCCUAAUGGAAACAAGUCAUGUACCCCUGUUCAGCGUCAGAGAGGCCUCUGCAGUUUUUUUUUUUUUUUGUGUGGCUGGGUGACCAUUCCCAAUCCCCCACCCGAGCCACUCUGAGACUGGAAGGGGUUGUAGAUCUUAUGUGGUAUUAUUUUGCAGGUACUAAUUUGUAUCAAAGUUUAAAUUUAUUGUUGUAAUAAAGUAAACUAAAAUACAAAAAAAAAAAAAAAA